CAGCAUUAUUAAUUAGGUCUUAAAUAGAUGGCAGCAUCAUGGCUGGGCAGCAAUGGCGCAGCCCUCCUUGUUUCGGCAGAAGAGCUUUGUGUUCGACUCUCGUGACGGGGAGACGCAAAUGGAGCAGGGAGUAGCGGGCAGCGUGCUUCCUUCGGCUGUGCCAAGACUGCGUGCGAAAGGCAGGUUGAAAUGCUAAGCUGCGGGGAAUAAGGAAAAGGCAGAGAAGCGAAGGCCCUCUAUGUGCCUUCCGCCAUUGCAUUUUGUACUCUAGGAGCGGGUGCAAGGAUGGAUUUCACGGAGCAGGCGUUUCUCAGAGUGCAUCAUCGCCUGACGGGGUUGCUGUCGACCUUCCUGACCCCUCGCUUCAGGAGGUGUUUGGAGUACCUGUGCCUCAUGAACGCCGUCACACUACUGGGGGUUCUGGUAUUCAUGCACAUCAACUUUGUUGGCCAGCCAGCAUGUGCGGCGGAGUUUAUGGAACCCGAGCUUGCGGAGGCGCAGAUGCUGGAAGUGAAGGUGACUGGCAUGUGGACCCAGAUGGCGAGCCAACUGCUGCAAGACUUCCAAGAGCGCGCCGUCGCCCUCAAGACCGACAAGCCCGAGCUGCGCCAGAUCAUCGACCAGCUGCGCGAAGAAACAACAACUAGGCGCGUGGAAGACUGGGGCCAGCUGACUUCCUGCCGGAUCGACGGGGCCGACUCCGAAACGGGGGGGUCCCCCGCCUGCUCGUUGGCGGGGGGGUCUUCUGGAAAUGCCGGCAGCGCGGCGGAGGGUGCCGGGUUUCUCGCGGUUGCGGGGAGGGUUGCGAUUGGAGGGGGGGUGGGAACGGGCCCUGGGAGGGGCCCCCUGGGGACGGCGCUGGCGCAUUACGUGCACCGGUGGACGAGCGCGGGAGCCGCGUGGAUGGACCGGGCGGAGAUGGCGCUGCGGGAGGGGGUCAAGUACUUGCUGCAGGGACUUUGGCGCUCGGAGCAGCCGGCCAACAAGGCCCGCGCGAACUACGAGGCGCUGAUGUCAGAGGCGAAGCACGCACUUGAGUACCUCCGCACCAAGAUUGGCGACCCGCUGUAUGUUUUCAGCACAGAGAAAGGGUACCUCAUGCUGUCGGACGUUGGGCGCGCGCGCUACGGCAUUCGGACGGUGAACGUCACGAUUUCGGCCACGAGCGCCUGCUUUGGGGGCAAGCUACAGCGCCUGCUGAUCGACAACCUAAUUGGCUACGACACGAUCCUGAUGAACAGCCUCCUCGCCGCGCGUGGCCGCGGCUACUUCUACAACCUGCAAACGAAAGAAGUCUACAACCUCAACUACGGCCAAGAGCUCAACAGCAGCUCUGCCGCCGGUGCGGAAGAGUACCUCAUCUUCAAGUUCGGCGUCUUGAUUACGUCACUGUUCGUGUUCUUCACGACGACGAUGUCGGUCUCGUUCACGCUGCGCGAGACACAGCACCGAAUGCUCAAGUUUACGGUGCACUUACAGCACCACGCGCGGCACCGCCUGCCGACGUUCCGGCUCAUAUUCGUGCACGUCGUCGAGUCGCUCGUCUUUGUGCCGAUCAUGAUCGGCAUCCUGUUCUUCCUCUUUGAGUUCUUCGACGACCAGCUGCUGGCGUUUAUGGUGAUGACGUUGGUCUGGCUGUGCGAGCUGUUCAAGAUGAUCUCCGUCCGCACGCGAGUAUCUAUGCAGUACUUCCCGCGCUUCUUCUUCCUCUACUUCAUCAUCUUCCACAUCUACUUCUUCUCCUACUCCUACGGUUUCUCCUACUUGGCCUUCUUUUCGACGGUCGCCUUCCUGCAGCACACGGUGCUCUUCUUUUGGAACCGCUACGAGGUCCCUGAGCUCGCCCGUCAGCGCCAACAGCGCCCCGGUGUAAAUACGCCCCCGCAGCCGCGCAUCACCUCCGCCCACCUCACAAUGUUCGACUCAAUGGGCGAGUUCACACACUUCAGCGCAAACGCAAUCCCAGGGACCAGCAGUCACCCGCCACGUGGCGACACACCGCAGGCGCCAAGUGGCGCGCCAUCAAGCGCUGCGCCGACUGGGCAUUUGUCAGAACGGGAGCCCAGCCGGCGGCCGAACGGCGGUGUGAAUAAUCUCGAGGAGGAGCGGGCGAACCGGCGGAGUCUUUCGGGGUUGGGGUCCAUUUAUGCGAGCCUCUUGUCCGGAAGUUCGGACGAUCUGGCCGCGCUUGCGGAGAGACGGACGUCCGGGACGUUUGCUCCGGACGGCGCUCGGGAGAGAGAAACGGAGCGAGUUCCCGGAGGGAUUCCCCCGGGCGGAGACACAGUUCCAAGCGGGCCCGGGAGUGGGCUCCCGUGGGUGCUGGGCGGUAGCCAAGGUUCGCUGGUUUCGUGGCUGCCCAUGUUUCGAGAGCAGGGCGGAGGGUUUGAAGGGGUUUCCGGAGGUGAGGGGAAUGGAACUCCUUCAAUGCAACAGAGCGGAGGGGGAGAGGGUUUGCCGGCCAGAGAACAGGGAAACCGCCCGCUUUUGACGCGGGUCGCAGAAGAUUCGAUGAGAGAAGACGCGAUGGCGGCGGGCGUCCUAUCGCCAACAGAUGCGAAUGCGGGCGGGGACUGGGGCAUCAGACGGAGGGACCACCAUAGGGGCCGGCGGUGGCGCAGCUGGGACGAAGAUUAGAAACUCAUCGGGACACACGAUCCGGCGUUCUUUACGCUGGCGCCUCCGAUGAUUGCGUUCUGUGAAAAAAGUGCACAUGCGUGUCCCUCCGCUCAGUUACCCAGUGCUGUUUUCCACGCGCGGAGGGAUGCCUGUAAGAAGUAAGUUCGCCCGAGUCGAUACUUGGUGCAAGCGGUUUCGGGUCGAGGCUUCCGAAGUUGCAUGAGAGUCAAGGUUCAAGGACCAGAGCUGGAGCGAAGAAGCAGCCACCUCGCUACUUCCCCACUGCCGCCACGAGCAGAUAGGUGUUAGCAUGAGAGUGUAACAUAGGAGAUUGACGUAAGUAGGAGUAGGGUAAGCAGCAUGCCCGGCGGGUUGAAAGCAGCUGAGCAGAUUAUUUCGUAUACUGGCGGCUAGACAGUAUGGUGUACAAUUCGUGUGUGGUGAUGGGGUUGUGCGUUCCGGCCGACCGCACUAUACCAGAGCUUAUCUUGGUAACGAUUCUAACAUUGGGAUCAGACUUGAACUUCCUACAUCUGCAGUGACGGUCAUUGGAACUUGAAGGAUCCAACGUUUCUGUAUAAACAAUCAGUGUAGUGACUUGACGAACGGUCAACUGCAAGAAGUACAGGGGUCACCUCCGCUUAAGCCUGAUGAUUGACCACGCCAGGAGGCUUCAAAGUCAAAGAAUCGCUUCUAGGCUCAGUUGCAAGGUGCGUACUAGCGCUCACAAUAUAUCGGAAGCUUCGAAGUUGUUACUCACAAAAAGGACCGCGUCUCACUGCUUGUUGCUUGCAUC